GUGAUCCUGCGCCGUUUCCGGUCUGUGGAACGCGGAAGUUUGAAGGUCUCAGUUUUGGUUCGCUCAGUGAUUCAUUGUAGCUGUGGUGUGUGGGGGGGGAUUCCGGAUCGUUGUCGUUAUGUCUGUGCUGUCCGGUAUGGAGAAUUCAGCAGGAGUGGUGCUCAGGAGGGCGGUGGAGCUGGACAACAACGGCAGGUUCCAGGAGAGCUUGGUCUGCUACCAGGAAGGCAUUGAUCUGCUGCUACAAGUACUGAAGGGCACAAAAGAUGACGCAAAGAAAACGCAUUAUAGACAGAAACUGCGAAGCUACAUGGACCGGGCUGAACAAAUUAAACAUCAUGUGGUAAAAGAGAAAGAAGAGGGAAAAUAUCACAAGCAAAUCAAGAUAGUAGAAAAUGCAACGGGUUACAGUUAUGAAAACCUUUUCAAGCCAUAUGUGGAUGAAACUUUAACAGAAGUGUGGGUGGAGGACCCAUAUAUCCGGCACACUCAUCAACUGUAUAACUUUCUGCGAUUUUGUGAAAUGCUUAUUAAGGGGCCUUCCAGGAUCAAGAAAAUCAACUUACUGACUUCAAGAGAUGAACAGGAAAAUGGGAAAGAUCAACAGAUGUGCAUUCUGCAAGAGAUAAAAAUCUCCCUUUUGGAUUAUGGCGUUAUAUUAGAGUUCAGCUUCUCCCAAUCCAUCCACGACCGGGAGAUCAGAUUCAACAACGGCUGGUUGAUUAAAAUUGGUCGAGGUCUUGACUAUUUUAAGAAACCUCAGAGUCGUUUUUCUAUUGGCUCCUGUGACUACGACUUGCGGCCCUGCUACGAAACAUCAGUUGAUAUCUUUCACAACAAUCACACAAGAAAAACAUGACUAAAGUCUGUACGAUGGAGUCGUUUUAAAGAGGUGUUCUAAGUAGCUUUGGAGCAGUGGGAAGGUUUGGCAUAUCUUGUUUUUCAGUCCUGAAACCGAAUCCAGGGACCAUCGAAGGUGUAAGUGUGCUUUGGGGCACAAAAACUUUCCAUGUUGGAAGAACCAACAAUUGUCAUUUUGCUGCUUCUGUUGCUGUAUUAGUACACUGAACAUUCAUUCAACGCAAUCUGUUUUAUCAGGGAAACCAUACCUGUGUUUUAUGCCUUUUAUAUUUUAUUUAUUAAAUUGUGUUUAUUGAUAAGUAAUUUAUUUGAUGUUAUAUGGAAGCAUGCAAACACUGUUUUUCUUACUUGGCGUUGGUUCUUGUGCUUUACUUUAUACACUUCAUGAAGUGAUGUGUUUGAGAUAAAAUAUGAAGCGCUUCCUUUUGGUACUUUCCCAGCAUUUAGUAGCGUAUAAUUGUUGCAAGAUCUGUUAAAUGAAAACUUGAGAUUUCAUUUUGUAUCUAUAUCAGGCAGCUAUUAUUCUAUUCCUACCAUUUGCACUCAAUAUCUGUGGAAAUAAUAAUUUUUUCUUAAACAUCAGAAAUCCCCAGACACCAAGGAGGAGGUGACACCAUGCUGAGUUAAAAAAUAAAUAAAAAAUGAAUGAAUAUUAUCUUCAUUAUUGCUUACCCCAGGAGAUAAAUGCUAAUAAGUGUAAGCGGGGAAGAUUUUUAAGUAGCAUAAAAUGGGGCUAAAGUCCCAUUUAUAAUUUGCCAAGUAAAGUGUUGUAAUAUUUGCAACAGAUUUAUAUUGCUGAUUUUGGACUGUUAUUGGAGCACAUAUACAUGGAUUUACUUAUUUGUGUUAUAUCUCCACACAGUAUAAAACUGAUUACUGUAAUUGUAGCCUUUCUAGGGGUCAAGCAACUAGAAACUUUUAAUGCAGGAUUUUGGAGAAAUGUUUAUAGGUUGAAUUAGAAGUGUGUGCAUAUCAUAAAAAAUAAUAACUUUGUGAUAUCUUAAACGAGUAACCCCCAUGCUUUACUGGAUAUUCUGUUGGGGAGUCAUGACUAAUCUGGAAGUCACGAUUUAUUUGAUGUAACAAAUUCAUCCCCAACUAUGAUAUUGUAUAACUGCUAGAAACGAUUGGUUGUUUCUAUACUCGUACACAGACUAUUGUGAUGCUGCACUGCAUCUUCACUACUUGUGAUGCCAUAACUUUGAAUCCUCAUGUUUACAUUCAGAACUAUUUGCCCCCCCCCCAGUACAAGAAAACCUUUUACUUAUUGUACAUUAUGCACUGUUAACAGAACAAAUACCCAAAACUUCAGGCAGAUAGUCGCCUCAAAUCUAUUUCUGCAUAACAGGACUCUGCAAUGGAGAGGAAGUAGUGUGGGGCAAUCAAGGGUCUUUUGCAUUGUCAUUCUGGGAGGUGGCUUACAGGAUGGGAGGGCACAUUCUUUAAUAGUACGCAUGCCCCUUUCAUUUUUAAGAUUGAAGAAGCAGAGGUUACAGAAAUAUGGCAAUCACAUAUUUCAUAUAAUUCCUACAUUUCAUAUAAUUCCUACACUCCACACUAGCUGUGGCCGCAGCUCACAGCAGGGGUUCCGGUGCAUCCCUGUACUCCUUUUCAGGUGUGAGUCGGGUCCGAAUUUUUGGAUGAAUUUGCACCUGAAACGUACCAGAAGAUGCACAGGAUCGUUUUCCAGUGCGGUCCGUGGCUGCCCUGGAGCUGUGUGAACUGGCUCCAUUGAAAGCCGGUCAGUCUCCUGUCAUGCGAAUUGGAUUCGGAAAAAUCUGCAUCCAAUUUGCAUAAGUGUUAACCCAGCCUGAAGGACACCUGCAAUAUAAAGAGGUAGCAUGCCACUGCCGAUCCUGUCUACAUGAAAAUGCACAUUGCUUGCUUGUUUGCCUAUCCAAUGACCUUUUGUUUCUAAAAAAAUUUAAAAAAGUUAUUCAUACACACAUUUUAUAAAUACAAUUUUUUUUUUUUUUUUUUUUUAAAUAUGUGAUCACAUGGCCGCUGUUCUCAACUACAUAAGGGGCUUAGAGAAUUAAGGGUGAAGACUGUAUGGGUGGUAUGUCAGCAGAAGGCAAAGAAACGUAUGUACAGUGAUCUUACUUGUGCAGGGGGCGUGUCAGCAUAAGUCUGACCAUUGGGAGUACAGGCAGGCUGUGCGCAGAUAGAAUGCAAAGAAGAAAACUGACCAUUCUGGGAUAGAUGUACUUCCAAUGCGUGGCAUGGGCACUUUGAAAUAGGAAGGCAGGGGACUGGCAGGAUCACCAGGUAUUUUAUACAAAA